UCCAAAGUGCAAUUAGUUGAACAGUUGAGACAGAUACUGUGAUCAGCGUCAACUCACAGUCCCUUGUUUAAAAACAAUCUACAUUGAGGAGGACUAUCACCAUACACACAUAGACACAGAGAACAGUCGCUGGAGGUAAAAUAAGGGCAGACAACAAGAACAUGGAUACGUCGUCACUAUUCAAGUCCGUGUCCCGCAUGGUGUACACCCCUCCACAGCGGCCGUUCAAGGUGUAUUCCCACGACCGAGCCGUCAGGAAGGGCAUCACCGCGGCAACCCUGCAGGAGCUGAAGGAAAAGGUGGCUGAGGUGUUGAUGCUGUCGUCGCUGCUGUCCCUGGUGUGUGAGGAGGACGGCACGGAGGUGGACUCGGAAGAGUUCCUCACAGCCCUCCCCGACAACACCGUCUUCAUGGGCCUGGAGUCUGGGCAGACCUGGGCACCCCACCUUACUAUCCAGGGGAGGAACAACAAUGGCAACAAACCAGCAGACAACAAGCCGAGGAAGGGGCAGGAUAUUGCUCGCGUCAUCCUGGACUUCUAUCGCGUCAACCCUCAGGACCUGUUUGGAUCCCUGAACGUGAGCGCCACGUACCAAGGCAUGUACUCAGUCGGAGCCGACUUCAAGUUCCUUGGACCCAAGAAAGUUCUGAAGGAGACCCUUCGUAUGGCGUCCUAUCUGCUGCAGACGGCCGGCAACAUGCUGAUCAUGUGCGCCUCCAUGCUGAAGAGGCUGAUAGCAGGAGCUGACAUGCUGCAGGCCCAGCAGGGGCCCGUCACCUACAAAUGGGAGGACUAAGCGAAAUUUGAAGGCUCGUCAAAGAUCCCUCAGCUGGUUCCCAGAGGAAGCCCAAAAGUUCUCUGAAAAACCUAAAGGUGAUAAGACGCGGCAACUUUUUGGCCAAUGUUGCUGGGCAACGACAUGAUUGGCGCCUAAUUUUCCAAAAAAGUGAUUGAGAAAACUUGUCUACUGCUGAUCCAAAUUCUGCUGAUGACAGAUAAACUACCCAAAUAAUAUCUUAUAGAAUUGAUGCCCAAAAGCGUUGCUCGAAAAGUUGCCCAGUGUAUCACCUCUUUUAAAGUUCUACGAAGAACCCCAAGAUGUGUCAGAGAGAACCCUUUGUAGUUCCUGGACAGUGGCAAUCAAAACGUUCCUCAAAGAGCCUUUUGGGGGUUCUUCAGUUUGCCACUGUUGACGAAUCCCUUCGAGGUUCUCUGAGGAUUCCUUUUAGAAAAACCUUUGGGUUCUUCCAGCACCUACAGGGUCAUCAGAGAAGCUUAAGGGGUCCCCCCACAAUGGCAACUGAACUGGCAACUGGUUCUUUCAAGGGACCUUGUAAUUUUUACAGCGUGGAGGCCCCUGUGGUCGUUUGUAAUUCAAUCAACUAAAACCCAUGACUUCACCACUAAACCCCAAUAAUUUCAUGAUGGCUUUCAAUGUACAUUUGUUCAGAUGUGUUAUUUUUUCUUAUUUUAGGUAACAAGUUUGUAUUGUGAUGUGAAUGUGUAAAUAAGACAACUGAGUCACAGAUGUAGACUUUUCAGACAAUAAUAAAUGAUUCCAGGCAGA